UUUCAAUAAUCAACGUUUUAAUUUUCUCUCUCAUCAUUAGAGACUAAACCAUAUCGCAAUCUGAUUCGGCUUUUCUUGCAUCAUACUAAUGAAAUCACAUGUGAAUCUUAUGUGCUUUGAUUUGUCUGGUUUGAGAUCACAUUUUCUCCCAUCUCUUUUAAGUAAAGAUUUUUUUUAAAUAUUUUUUUAAUAAAAUGUUUACUAAUGCUAAUUUGCAUCAUAUAUAUGCGAAAACUAAAGGAAUCUGUUCAAAAUUUUUUUAAUAAUAAUGGAUAUCAUAGUGAAAUUGAAACAAGAAUGGAAAGCAUUUUCAGAUGACUUAGAUCCUAAAUAUAUACUCUCCAGUCUUCGUAACUCUAAUGUGAUUAGUUCUGAAGAAUAUGAAAGAAUAAAAUCAAAAGGUAGAAAACCUGAGCGGUUUAAAGAAUUAUUUUCAUUGCUGACAGAUGGCUCAAAAACUUCCAAUCAACUAAAACUUUUUGUUGAUGCUCUUGAAGAAAAGGACGAAGAGGGUUGUCUUCCAUAUCCUUGGCUGGCAGAAAAAUUAAAACCAGCCUUUAAACUAGAUGACGAUGUACAUAGGAUUUUAGUUAGAGGAAAUGUGCGUCUGCCAGUCAAUCAUCUUCUACCUCGAGAAAAGGAAGUGCAGAAGAUUCGAGACAAGCUGAUUGAAUUAUCUGAUCAAGAAAAUCCUUCGAAAUGGAUUGUGUUACAUGGUCCCAUUGGCUCAGGAAAAUCGAGCUUAGCAGCAGAAUCUCUUAGAAUGAAUUAUUUAAUAAAAAAUUAUUUUCCUGAUGGUGUUUAUUGGGUGAAUUUUGGCGGCAACAAAAUGAAUUAUGCAGACAGAUUGGAAAUAAACAGUUAUGAUAAAAAAAUUGUAAAUAUUCUUAAGUUACUUAAUGACAGUUAUAAAUUCAGCCCUGAUGAUGAUUUUAAUUAUUUGCUUCGAAAAGAAAUUCUUUCGAAAAAAGUACUUUUUAUUUUAGAUGAAGUUUGUGAUAAACGCAUUAUUGAUAUAUUUAAUAUAGGCAGUCCUAUAUUAGUUACAACAACACUGAAAAACAUUUUAGAUCAUGUUUCAUGCUAUAGUGAAUUUAUUGAAUGUUCAAAUGAUGCAGAAAAUAGUGAUAUUAAAUUAUUGCUUUCAAAAUAUGUGGACUGUAAAGCUGAGGAGCUCCCUGACGUUGCCCAAGAAGUGUGCUCUAAAUGUGGAGGAUCUCUGUUGGUCGCAAGUCUAAUAGGCGGUAGCAUGUCUUCUGUUGGAAAUGAUGAAGAAACGUGGAAAUAUUGGAAUAAGAAGUUGGAUGAAAAUGGAUUAGCUGGUCUUGAAGAAAUUGAGGAAAAGGAUGUGUUGAAUGUUAUAAUUAACUGCAUUGAACAUAUUGAUAUGUGGAAAGAAUAUUACUUUGAUCUCGUGAUUUUUAAGAAGGGCUAUGAUGUUCCAAGUGAGGUUCUUAAAAUUAUGUGGGAUACAUCUGCAGUAUUUCAGAUUGCAGUUGAGCUGUAUAAAAGAUCAUUUGCAGUAAUAAAGGAGUCAGAAUCAGGUUCUGAAUUUUUUUGCUGUAGUCAUGAUCUAUAUGUGGAUGCAGUUAGUCAUUUUCUUGGAAAAGAGAAAAUUAAGGAGCGCCACAAAAAAUUUGUUGGAAAAGUAUUAGAUCAUGGCAGAUCAUUUGAUGGAACUUUUGAUUUGACUAAAUUGCCAAAAAAUUAUAUUUCUUCCUUUAUCGAUUAUCAUUUAUAUGAGGCUGGUGAAUUUGAGGAAUUAGAAAAAUUGUAUUUGGAUUUAAAUUUUAUAGAACAAAAGAUACGCCUGAUGGGUGAUUAUCGAUCAAUCCUUGUUGAUUAUCAGUGUUAUAAAAAUUGUUUUAAAAACAAAGAAGGUGCAGAAAGCUUUAAAUUGUUUUUGCAAAAGAAAGGGAAAUAUAUACUGAGUGAAGAAAAAUGUGAUAUUAUUCAUUUGGCUCUGUUUGAACCCAAUGACUCAAUAGUAUACAAGAAAGCAAAAGAAUAUGCUAAUAAAAAUAGAGGAAUAUAUUAUGAGUGGUGUAAUAAGAUGGAGAGUAUUCAUAAAUUUUUUGACUAUAAAAUUCUUUCAUGCUCAAGUGUAAAAUUCGGCGCAAUCAAUGGUGAUGCUUCUUUAGUAGCUUUUGUUGGUGAUUUCAAAUCUGAAGAGAGUGGAUCUGAAUAUGCAUCAUGGGUGAAACUAUGGGACUUACCCACUGCAAAUGUUAUUAAGGAAAAUUCUCAUGCAGAUGUUAUUAAUUAUUGUGCUUUUAGUUCUAAAGGAGAUUAUUUAGCGACUGCAUCUGCUGAUACAACUGUUAAAAUUUUCAAAAUACAAAAAUCUUUUGAUGAUUCAGUACAUGUCAAGUUGCUCUUACCCUUUAAGCAUGCUUCUGAUGUCAUUUGCUGUUCAUUUUCAAACGAUGAUAGAUAUGUUAUAUCAAGUGAUAUCAUUGGAAAUACUCUAGUUUGGAAAUUUGAUGUUCUUGGUGAACGUGAACACAUUCCCAUGCGCUGUUUCUCUCAUCCUCAUGAUCUUAAAAAAGAGCCAUUUAGAUUCUCCUCUUUAAGUAAUGAUGGCAAAACAAUUGGCACUGCUGUCUAUGAUACAAUAAAACUUUGGGACUUUAAAACAAGAAAAGAGAAAAAAAGAUUUUGCUGUAAUAAUAGAAUUAUAAAAAAAUUCAUUUUUUCUAAUGAUGAUUCUCACAUUCUGCUUGUACAGGAUUAUGCUAUUUUACUUUGGGAUAUUGAAAAUGAUAAUAUGCUAACAAUUUUUUCUGAUGAUUCUUGUGCUAUAAGCAGUUGCUGUUUAUCAACUACUGGAAAAUAUAUUGCUUGUGGAAUGGAGUCUGGCUGUAUAAUUAUUAUUACAAAAGAGGGUCAGAAAAUUCUACCUAAACAUGAUAAUGAAAUCCUUAAUGUGAUGUUUUCAAAGGAUGAAACAAAACUUUUUUCUAUUUCCCCAAAUUGCUGCAUUAUUCAUAAUGUGAAUGCUGUAGAAACCAUACCUCUGAUCAGUGGCAAUUUAAGUGUAGUGAUGGAUGAGGAACUCACUAUUGCUUCUUCAAAGUCUUCCUACUCUGUAGCGAUUAUGAAAGGGCAAGUAAUAACAGAAACAAAUUUAGAAGAUGAAAAAAUAUCAGCAUUUUCAUUAUCCAGAGAUGGUUCAAAAAUUUUCAUUGGUACUGAAUGUGGUUCUGUAAAGGUUUUUAAUAUUAUUGAAAAAAAUACUGUAGAAUUAUUUCCUAAACAUUGUGGCAAAAUUACUUAUAUACUUCCCUCUAAAAAUAAUCAUUCCCUCUUUACAUGCUCAGUGGAUGCAACUGUUAAUGUUUGGCAAGGAGAACAACUUCAUGUAACACUGUCUGGGCACAAGCUUCCUAUUGUUAUGUGUGUGGAAUUUAAAACAUGUAAUCAGCUACUAAUGUGCUGUGAAGAUGGUUUGCUCAAAGUGUGCAAUACUGAUUUAGGUAACUGUAUCUACAAUCUAGAAGGCCACUGUGAUAAAAAUAUUACACACUGUGAUAUAUCCUGUGAUGAUGAAUACUUAGCAGCAACCUUUACUAAUGGGAAUAUUGUGGUUUGGAAAGCUGAAAGUGGAAAUUUAUAUAAGAUAUUCUUUCUCCCUCCAAAAGUGAGGAAUCUUACUGUGAGAUGUUGUCAGUUUUCACCAUUGGCAGAAAUGUUACUUGCUGGAUUAGAUAAUGGAAAUGUCGUGCUGUGCCGUCUUUUGGGCGAUCAAACAUGUGAUAUUCUUAAUUCAAAACAUGAAUCAGCAGUUCAAACUAUUAGGAGGAUAAAUAAGGAUGACACAUUUGAGAAACCAUUAUUUCUGUCUGCUUCUAAAUGCAUCAAAUUAUGGAACAGCUAUGGUCAUCUUGUACAAACAAUCUUGUUUCCCAAUUCAACAAUGGCAGAUGAACCCCCUGAAAUCUGGUCUUCAGAUAAUUUUGAUGUAUUUGUUGUUAUAUUAAAUUCCAUUUUAUACAUUUUAAAGAGAAUCGAUUGAUAUCAAGAAAUUGUUUGAUUUUAAGUUAAUAAUUGAACAAUAUUCGUGAGAGAAUUUUUUUAAAUUAAUGCUCCUGAAAUUCAUUUAUCAGAUUUGAAGAUUGUAUGUUCAUAUGAUUUAUGAACAAUUGCUUAUAAAAUGGUUUGUUAUUUUUGGACUAAUAUCAGAUUUCUGCAUGAAUUUAUCUUGAUCUUUCAGAUAAAAUAUUGUUAAAUUGUGUUGAAAUUUUAAUUUUAUUCUUUGUUAAAUCUUUACAAAGUAUCGUAAAACAGUGACAUUAUUUUACUUUUAUGUAAUUUUAAGUCUGAUAUUUAUUUCUUUAAAUUUAUUUGAUAGCAAAUAUAUUUAUUAUAAUUGCACUAACUACAGCAUUAUUAAAAAAAAUUCUCUAGUUUAAUAAUAACUAUCAUAUUUUAAUUGCAUUUUGACAAGUAAGAACUUUAUAUUUCAUCUUUAAAAAACUAAUACAGAUAUUAUUAUUAAGUAUAGAGCUAGAUACAUUUAUCAAUAUAUAUAUAUAUAUAUAUUUCUAAUCUGAUACUUUAGUUUCUGAUGAGGAACUUAAAUUAUAUAUCUUUUCACCAAUAAACUGAAAUGCAGGAAAAAAAGUUUAGAACAAAACUAUUUUAUUUUUAACUGAUGACAUGGUAUGGCAAAGUCUAAAUUAUUCUUGGAAAAGUAUUAAUUCCUAAUUCAUAUUUUCUAAAAAGAAAGUAUUUAUAUGUGUCAAAAAUGGAUUACAAUGUUCAUUUUGUCUUUAAUUCAAUUCCUACUAUUAGUUUACUCUCCUAUAUAUAUUUAUUUAUAUAUCUUGUUCAAAUUUUCAAUUGUUAAUAAAAUACUUUCUAUUCAUCCACUCAAAUUCAAAUAUAUUUUUUUAAACUUGUAGUAAAUGAGACUUGAUGUUAAUACAGUUUUUUUUUUUUUUUUCAAAUAUUAAUUCAUUAAUUAAAUUUAGUUAAUUCCGUCGACCAUUUUCGCUGACCCGAUAUUAUCGCCAAGAGCUUAUUAGCUUUGUGCCAAUACCACAAAUUACUUUUCAUUAUGAUGGCGCCAAAGGAUUAGCGCAUUUUCGUUGACAGGUCGAUGGGAUAAUCCCAAAGUACUUUUCGAAAUAAAUUGUAAGUUUCUCAAAGUUUUUUUUUUUUUUUUUUUUUUUUUUACUUUUCGAAGUUUUAGAAAUUUUAUGAUUACAAUACAAAAAACAAUCGAUAGGUUCUAUUGAAUAAUGCCUUCAAUUUAAUCUGAAAUGCGAUAAACUGCUGAAUUUCUUCCUAUGGAUUAAAUUAAAUCAUUUUACUGUCUAUAUAUUUUGAAUAACAUGGAAAAUCAAUGAAUCAGUUACCCAGCUCCAUCCACUGGUCCGAUUUUGCCUGUUUUUGUUUCAUAUGAAAGCUCACACCCUCAUAUCAUGAGUAUUCAUAUGAAGGUCGUCAGCCCUCCACCUUUCUCCAUUUUCUAGAAAAAUUAAAAGUUGACUACUUCACUAUUCUCUAAGGAAAAGUCAUAUCAUUGAAUUUCCGACCCGCCCGAAGGCACACGGAUAAUAAUUAGUUCAAACUCUCCCUAUAUAUAUAUAUAUAUAUAUAUUUAUGUAUCUUGUUCAAAUUUUCAAUUGUUAAUAAAAUACUUUUUAUUCAUCCACUGAAGUUCAAAUCCCUUUUUUAGAACUUGCAGUGAAUGACAUUUGAUGUUAAUACAGUUUUUUCAAAUAUUAAUUUAUUAAUUAAAUUUAAUUAAUUUUUAAUACUUUAAAUAGAGUUUUAGCAGUUUGUAAGGAAAAUUGAAAUCAAUAGCAGUAGCUCAAUCAGUGAAAUGCAAGGAUUUGAUUAUUUUUCACGUGAAGGUGAAGAAUGCGAGUUCAAUUCUUGCGAAAAUCAAUGUUUUUUUUAUACUUAUUUUUUGAUACUUAAUAAAUUUUUUUUGAUAAUUAUUUAAUAAAAAGUAACUAAAAUUAAAUUUUUCUUUGUUGACCUAAGUAGGAAUUGAAUUAAAAAAUUUUAUAUAUAUAUAUUACUUAUUUCUGUUAUUUUUUCUCUGCAGAAAACUCUCAUUUUUAUUUUAACACUAAUAACUUGAAAAAGUAAUUAGUUUUAAAAAGUUUGAAUUUUUAGAAAUGUGCCUUAAAGUUUUUGAUUUGUAAACAACAUAAUCUCGUAAGUUAGCUAAGAAAAUAACUAUAAAUGUUACUGUUUAAGAAUUUCUAAAAUUAUAGUAUUAUUUGAUUAUCUGUGAAGAAAUUCACUAUUUUAUAUUUUACAAUUUAGUUUAUCUUUAAAAAGAAAAAUGAACUCUUUAAAAAGAUUUUAUAUACUGCUUUAUGACUACAUUUUAAAGUCACCAAAUGAUAGAAAUAUAUUAAAAAUCUCAUUUUUACAUAUGAAUUUUAAAUAGCUGUUAUAGAUAGAAAAUAAAUGUAAAAAAUAUUUUUUUAGAAAAUUUUGCGAACUUUUUUUACUUUAAACAUGUUACUAAUAAAUUAUUUUUAAAUUAUAUUCUAUGUUCUCUACUUAAAACAUUGGCAAAGGAAUUAUUUUGUGCUUAUUUCUUUUUAUGUUAUAUUGCCAGUCAUAUAGUUCUUUCACUUCAUAUGCAUAUUAUUGGGCCUUACCCUAUUUUGUGUGAAAUGUACAAAGCUAAAAACAGAAAAUGCUGCUAACGUAAGAUAUCUCUCUUAUGUUAACAGAGAGAUAUAAAUGUUUCUCAAAGAUUGUCAUAUUGAAAACACAGAAAAUGAUCUAAAUGAAGAAAAAUAAUAUAAUAACUAUGUUCCAUAUCUAGACUUUUACAAUAGAUCAUUAUCUAAAUAUCCUAUUUGAGAUCAGCUCUUUCGAGUCCUUUUUUUUUCACCAAAAAAAUCACUGAUUAGAUAAUUUAAUAAAUAUUAAAUCAAAUUAAAGACACAAAUGUGAAUAAUCUUAGAAUUUAAAAUUUUAAGUAGUGAAAUGCCAGUUUAUUUUUUAAAUUGUUUAUCUUUUUUAACAAAUAUUUAUUCUUAUAUUGUUUUUUAAUUAUGAUAGCAUCUUUGAUAAUCUGCUGUUCUUUAAAAUAAUAUAGCAAUCAAACAAAUAGGUCUGAUUUUUCUUAAUCUUUUUGAAGCCAAUUUUAUUUAAAUAAAUUACUUACAUGAUUAUACUUUGUUUGGAAUCAUAUACACUAUUGAAAUCU